AUGGCCAGCUACAUCAACAAACAGGUGAUUGAAUUAAACAAAGUUACUGAAGAAAACCGGAACAGAGCAACAAGGAACGUGAAGACUGAGACCCAUCUCUCAGGACCUGAGGAUUCAGGGAGAAGACUCUACAGGAUGGUUGCUGUGAGCUUUGGGAUGCUGUGUGUUCUACAAGUCACGCUCAACAUCUCCCUGAGACUUGUCUAUAACAGAGGCAUGGGAGAUAAAACCAAUGUGACUGCAGAGAGAGACCAGCUACAGACCAGUUACAACAACCUGACUAAAGAGAGAGACCAGCUACAGAAGGAGAGAGAUGAUCUCAAAAGAAAGUUCUCUAAUCUGAAACAAACCUGUCCUAAAGGCUGGCAGAAGUUUGAAUCCAGUUGGUACUUCCUGUCUACUGAGACUAAAACCUGGAUGGAGAGCAGAGAGGACUGUCUGGAGAGAGGAGCUGACCUAGUCAUCGUAAACAGUGAUAAGGAACAGGAGUUUCUCUUUGGCCUCGAUAAGAGAGCCUGGAUUGGUCUGACUGACUCUGUUACUGAGGGGACCUGGAGAUGGGUGGACCGCACACCACUGACCACCCCAAGUUACUGGUACCAACAGCAGCCUGACAAUGGUAAUGACGACCCAGCAAAUGGGGAGGAGGACUGUGUUGAGCUGAACACAGAAACAUGGCUUCCUGUAAAGGCAUGGAAUGACCAGUCAUGUGAAGACAAUCGUCACUGGAUUUGUGAAAAACGGGUUUAA